AUGAGCAGUGAAACUAUGAUCAAAUGGAAAGAUGCCAUUCUGAGAGGACCUUCUCAGUGCAUCAGCAGUCCUAGGAAGGCAAUCGAGAUCCACGAGAACCGCUUCCAGUCGGCACGACCCAUCCGGUGCGUGUCGCCUAAAGACAAGGAGCCUUUGAACUCUCUCCACCCCCUCGUGGAGGAUGCAGGACUAAGCAUGGCAGGCUCUCUAACUGCCUCACAGGCGUCACUUCACACCUUCCAUCACAAAACACCAUUCUUGGACCCCAUGGGAAGAACCGUUUCCUUGAUGUCAGGACUUCACUGCUGUUGGAAAUACGACCGGCACCUCUUCCAAAUCGAUAAGUGGGCAUGUGGGAAAUGGGGGGGAGAUGCUCGACUUUCCUGUUUCGUAGUGGACGACUUAACGGAAGUACUGACGGGACUUCCUCGUGAGGUGCGUCACAUACAGUAUAUCUGGCCGGUCGUUUGGGUCGAGCGGAGACGCACCUUGCCUUGUGAAGGACAUCACAGUGGCGAGAUGAUUCACACCCACUUCAAAUGGUUCAAAUGGCUGGUCCAAAUGUCAGUCGUGCUCGAUUCGCACAAGAAGAAUGUUGGACAUCCUAAACGUCCACGACACGAGUGGACGAUCAAACUCGGACCACAUGAGCCAAAUGUUCUUGAUGUAAACAUGGACCUCUCUUGCCGAGCCUUCAGACUCUGGAUACACAACUCAGGACUUGUCUUUACCUUCUUAGUCCCAGUUCAG